AAUACGCUGUGAACAGUAUAUUAAAAAUCGGUGGGGACAGACAGCGGAGGAGCGGAGCGGAGGAGCCGAGGGGGAGGAGGGAUGAUGCCGCCGGCGAUAAGCCUGUCUCGCUCCCCAUCGCCCUCCGUCUCCUCGUCGCCUAUCGAUCGCGGCCGCCGAUCUGCCGCCGCCGUCCGGCGCCACGGUCCGUCCUUCGCCUACAAACCUGCCGCAGGAAUUUGCUAUGCUAGCCAGGCGGUUGAAUUGUUGCCUUCUUUGUACCCGGACAUUGUUGUCCGAGAUGCACGGCUGGAGGACUGCUGGGAAGUAGCAGACACUCAUUGCAGCUCUUUCUUUCCUGAUUACAAGUUCCCGUUGGACCUUGUUCUACGGAUUGAUCGUUACAUUGCUCUCCUAUCUGGAUUUUCAGUUCCACCUGGGUGCAUGAGGACUUGCCUUGUCGUGGCCAGUUCUAAUUCUGUAAAUAAUUGUUUCAACAUCGAGUAUGGAGAUCCUAAAGAUGCCGGAUUUCAGAAAUACAAUCUCAGUAGAGGCUCCAUAGCUGGCAUUCUUACAGUUGACACGGUGGCAGACUAUCUUCCGAGAAGGGGAUCUCUCAAGCAGAGAAGAACAGGUAUUGCAUAUAUAGCAAAUGUUGCAGUCCGAAAGGAGGAACGUCGAAAAGGAAUUGCUAAAAUGCUGGUCCAAGAAGCAGAGGCACGAGCAAGGAGCUGGGGAUGCCGGUCCAUGGCAUUGCAUUGUGAUGUAAACAACCUAGCUGCGCUGCGCCUGUACGAAAAGCAAGGUUUCAAAUGCAUCCGUGUACCAGAAGGAGCUAAAUGGCCAGAACCUAAGAUAGCUAAAGGAGUGCAAUACAACUUCAUGAUGAAGCUAGUGCCCAGGAUUUAAGCUGUAUAAGAUCUGAUCGGACAGAAGCUUUAAGUAUGUAGAUACCACACAAAUGCUGCAGUUGCUCCAUUCAUAUGUACAGCGGUUGGUAUAUAGUAGAGGCUACUUUGUAAAUGGUAUAUAACAGCUACGCAUUAUUCCAAAGUGGUAAGGGUGUUAUCACUUCUUCACAUGAACUGACCCAGAGCUCCUGACAGAUAGCCUGGAGAACUAAAGAAAAUUCAAACAAUUUGGACA